AUGCUCCAGCGCAGGACCAUCCCCGAUGUCCUCCCGUCGCUGGAGAGGCCCUCCCAGCGCCAUGGCUGGACAAGCGACAUCUCCUUGGCCCAGUCCGACCUGCAAACGACCGACGCCUACACCACCGUCUGGCUGGUCUGCGAGUUUCUCACCCUGCUCGCCCUGAUCGUCUUCUUUAUUGGGAGCUCCAUGAUCCAAGCGCCAAAUGACCGGACAAAAGCGCUGCCAGUGCGGACAGUGUUCGGGUCGAUUCUCAGCUACAUGGUCGCGCGCAUUCUCUCCAUUGCCGUUCUCUUCCUGUACGUCUUCAAUCGCACUGUCUCACGGAGCUAUGCCGUCGUCAACAUGUUCGAGAUUAUCUUCAAUCUCCUGGCGUUGGUCCUCCUCUAUUCCAUCUUCUACCGCAUCGUCCACCGAUACCUUGAAGGCUUCGCUGAGGGAGACGCAUUUCCGCGCGUGACCCUCGCCCACUGGACUCUGCUCGGUGUGUUGUCCGCGCUUGCGAUCGCCAAUUGCGCCACCAGAAUCGCCUCCCUGGCCGUCGCGGUCAACCAGAGCCAAACCGCUGAGGCGCUCUAUCAACAAGACAGCCGGUUAACCACUGCGCGCGGGGCCAUCUUUACGCUGGUUUCCCUGGAAAUUCUGGCCUGGACGGUCUUCAUCCUGCGGAAUACCGAUUCGCAGGGAUCCCCAAAUAAGGUACGGAGCGUAUCGGCGCAUGCCCUCCAGAGCGAUAACUAA